UCGUUUAAGUCCCGCAUUUAAUUUCAUUCAAGAAAUUUUAGUUUUCUCUGUUGCAAUAAAAGAAAAAUGGAACUUUUACCGGGGGGAUUAUUUUACUUUUUAUUACGGUUGUGAGCUAUAGCAGUUAUUGUACUUUAAUGCACUGAUUAAUUUGAUUCUCUUCGCCACUGAUCGGUCUGUUAAGCGCUUUAGUUAUAUUUGUAGUUCAUACUUAUAGUACAGUAUAUUUAUAUUGUACAUGUGAUUAAUUGCCAAUGUAAAAUCAAUCGAAAUCGUGUCUUUAAAAACUUCUUGUGCAUCAUAUUAAGGACUUACCAGCCUUAAGUAUCAUUGUUAGCGAGGCAACACUGGAGCAGGUUCAGGUACAUCAAGUCUAUGCCAACAGAGACAUGACCGAGACGAUGAGUGGUAAAAAGGAAAAAGUUAUUCAUAUCAUAGUUACCAGAUUAUGCCGCAGAUGGAAUUCAAUAGCGGAAGGUACCUGUUCGUAACGCCAGCGGGAAAACCCAUGCAGUUCUCAAUGCGCUCCUGCAAGGAGCAUUAUGAACUGAACGAACUGAUCCCGAAAUGGGGGGGACACUUUUCCUCUGAUAGAGGGCCAUACACAAUUCGUUUCUGGCCCUCAGGGGAGACAUGCCCUGAAAAAUAUGGGGAAUAUUAUUCUCCUAAAUACAUAAACGAUUGUAUUGAGAGCAAGACUAUUCUGCCCCUCAAAAGUUAUAGGGUUACCAAAAAGUCUAGCUAUGUUGAACCUGUAGAAGUGAUGGAGGUUCUCUUUCAACAAAAAUGUUGGCAGGAUUUACAACCCCUGCCCAUCCGGGAUAGGUCGCCGGACUCCCCGGAUGAGUUUGCACAGUUUGAUAAACCAUCUAGACCCGAAAAAAAAAAGAGACCAAGGGGCCGUCCGUACUCAGACAAAGAGAAGUGGAGCAUAAUUGAGUACAUAAUGAACAAGCACUGCUACAACCAAUGUAAGGGCAGAAAAAUGUGGCAGCAGAUGGUGGAAGCCAAGAUCUGCCCAGGACGAACCUGGCAGUCCCUAAAAGAACAGUACGUGAAACAUAUUAUUCGUGACAUCGACUCUUAUAAAGUUGAUGAGGAUAUCAAGACAAGGAUACUGUUUGUCUUUGGGGGCGAGGCCAAUAAAACACAGGAGAUGAAAGAGGAGGAAGACAGAGGAGAAUGCAUCAGGUGUGGUCAGCCCCAUGAUGACAAUGAAGUGUGUGGCACCUUAGAGUUGCUGCCUGCUGACACCUCAUUGUCCCCCUCCACCACAAGGUAUCCCACCACCCCCAGGUACUCCACCACCCCCCGAUCCCACAGCCCCUCCUCUAAUGCUGUAACAUCCCCCGCCACCUCCACCCAGCCAGGUACUACCAGGUCCCCUUCAAGUGCUGUAAAGUUAAAGCGUUCUCCAUACACAGUCAAAGAGGAUAUGAAGAUUUUACAAUAUAUAAAUGAUAACGAAGCCUUCAGUGAAGUAAAAGGCAGGGAUUUUUGGCAGAGAAUGGAGAAGGAUGAUAUUGUACAAACCAGAACUUGGCAGAGCUUGAAAGAGAGGUUCAGGAUGAGAAUCCUGCCUAACAUUAAAAGGUUUAACCUUCCAGAAGAUUUACUGGGGAAAUUCAAGUAAUGAGCAACACUUGCCAUUAUGUGCCUGUCACCACCGAGUCCAAGGAAGAGGCGGAUGAUGAUAAAAAUACACUGUAGUAAGAAAGAUAGUAGCCACUUAGGGUUUUAUCAUAUUGUUUAUUUCAGGAGGUAUCCAUGUGGUAAUUUAGCAUACAGUUUUACUUCUUUUUUUUAUUGUGUUUUAUCAAUACCAAUUUUAUCUAAUAUAAUGAAGAAAAAUUCACACCCCUACAAAUAAAAAAUUUGUCAUGCCUCAUCCCAAAUCUGACCUUUAUUAUACCUAAUUGUAUUAAUGACAUACUGUAAAUAAUUAAUUAUCGAAGUAAUUUGGAAUUUUGCAUUGUGAGAUAGGUAGCUAGAGAUAGAGCUAUGAUGUCGAAUCUCAGGUCGGAGGUGUGUCAGAUCAACUAGACUCGGAGGGAAUGGUACAUCAAGGUAGAUCACCUACUAUUGCCUGGCUCCAUUGUGAAUGAGAGACAAACCCUGCUGGCUCCAGAGGACAGAAAUACUCCCUAGUUAAGUCUUAACCUUUAUGUGUUAUUAGGUGGGGGAUUUAAGUACAGUACUGUAUUGCACUGAGUAUAUAUGAGUACAGAAAGUUGUUUGUAGAAUGUACGUGAACUCAGACUGGGUUAAGGUGCUUAUGUAAGCCAUGUGUGUGGUUAUAGCAUUACUUGAAGGUGUUAGGGGUGUUAAUUGAAGUGCUUCUUUUCCCAACUAUAAAGUAGACCAAGUUUUUUCUAGUUCUGCGGGUGUUAAAAUACUGUAGUGGGUAAUAAUCAUUGAGGGGACUUUAUUGAGGUUUUAUUUUAUAUAUGUAAUGAAUGAUUUAAGAUUUUCAAAGGUAAUAAUACCUCCUUUAAUAAAUGAUAAUUAUAA